AGUCUGUUUGAUUGGCUUGCCAGCUGGUAUGAGAUCCAACGGUGCUCUACGGACAAAGGUUUAGCUAUUUGGACCUCCACACAGUCGAGAGCAAGGGCGCUGGCUAGGCGCUGUGAGGGCGGCGGGGUUUUGGAUUGGAGAUCGCGAUCGAUCUGCCUAGGAUGAACAAUGCGAUGUCUCGGCGUCCGAGAAGGUCCUCGGACGAUUCGGGAGGCAAUGGAUUGUCCAGCUCCGCGCAGGCUCAGAGCAAAUCGGACUCCUCUUCGCUAGUCUCCGCCUGCGUUCUAUUCGUCGUUAUGGUGUUGUUUUUCGUCUACCUCUUCGGGCCCUCAACCUUCCAGCACCACUCAAAGACUUCGCCAUCCUCGGCUGUAGCAACAGCAAGGAAGCUCAAUCCAUCCUUACUUCUGCGCUCGCUUCCAGUGGAAACUCAUACGCAUGACACUGAAGAGGAGGAUCAGCACGAACAGCUAAAGUCCAUUGCUGACAAUAACUCGGAGGAAGCGUCUGCUGGAGUGCUGGACGCUCUACCGUUGCUGCAAGAGGUGUAUGGAAAACACAUGAAAGCAGUUCUUCACAUCGGACCGCAGACGUGUAACGUCGUCGCCAGGCUGCUUCAAGACGAAGGCGGACAGGCAUGGGGUGUGGAACCAUCGGAGAUGACAAAUCCAAGCUCGGUUUGCAAGAGCCUCGUCAAGAAGGGAUUAGUCCGUAUUGCGGACGUUCACCGGGGACUCCCAUACAGAUCAAAGUCAUUCUCCCUGGUCCUGGCAAGCAACACACUCGAGCACUUGACAUCUCGCCAGCUGAACAGAACACUUCCGGAGCUAGCUCGACUAACCAGCCAUGCCAUCGUUGCUUUCAUCUCUAGUCAGCCAUCGCAAGUAUCAUCGGCCAGGCAGCUCCAAGCGGCACUAAAAUCCAUCAAGAGCCACAACCGGACGUGGUGGUCUCGCAAAUUCGAGACGGCCGGACUCGACGAAGACGAGGAGAUGAGCAAAGGAUUUGCCAGCCUCCAGUUGCAAAGAUCGUAUAGAAGUUCCGACUAUAUUUUCCAUCUCCUUCCUCGGCAAUUCGAUUAGCCCAAGAGCUCGUCCACUACUACUACUGCUAUAAAACGAUAUUAACAUGCCACAGUGCGUGGCAAGUUUUUGGUAAGUAUAAUGAAUAGAAUGUAUAACGUUUUAAGUUUGA